UAUUCACAUGAACGAUAUAAUAAUGGACAAGAAUUACAAAAUAAGCGAACGCGACUUGGAUAUCCGUUUGGAUCUGGAGUUCGUGGACAGUCUGCUGAAGGACCUUCGACUGGAGGUGGAGCCACAGGCUCGUGGCGUAAUCCUUGAUCUGGCUUACACUUUGGCUAGGGACAAACUGGUCGAGGCGAAGCGCUUCGCCAAUCUGGCCAACCGCACCAACGUGAGUGUCGAGGAUCUGGAGAUGACGAUCCUGGAGCGGACCGACGAGCUGAAGAGGAGGCCCGCCCAGCAGCCGCUGAAGUUCCUGCCGCCCAACCAGGCAUCGCUGCCCUCGCCGACUUCGAGCCGGGGCCUAUUGCUGCCCACCUGGCGCCACUGUCAGGUGGGCAUGAUGGCCGAACUGAAGGACCCCGAACCGGCCCAAGCGAAUCCCAGAAUCGGAGUGGCACCGGCUCCCACCGUUCCGGGUCGUAAUAACCCCAGCUCCAGUGGAAUUCCACCCAAGGGAUCUGCGAUUCCGGGCUGUCCCCCGCUACUUUACAUGGCACGUCCCGGUGGGCCGAACACCUCUACCGUCUCACCUGCUGUGGUCUCAAAACCCGUGGUUCGACCCAGCGCUAAUCCUUGUUCAACUUCCGGGAUCGCCAGCGGAAGACCUGGGAUGGCACUUAAGCCAGGCUCUUCUUCGGUUGCCGCUGCUGUUGCUCCAAGAAGCAUUCCACCGGCCAUGAAAAGGGCACGCAUGCAGAAAUAG